AUGAUGUCUUAUCUCAAGCAACCACCUUACGCCGUCAAGGGCUGAGCCUCACACAUCAGGGAGGGACCUUCCCAUCCCUCUGUUGGGUACCCAGCUACGCCUCGGAAGCAAAGGAGGGAGAGGACCACCUUCACCCGAGCCCAGCUGGAUGUUCUGGAGGCCCUCUUUGCCAAGACCCGCUAUCCAGACAUCUUCAUGCGGGAAGAGGUAGCCCUCAAAAUUAACCUGCCUGAGUCCAGGGUGCAGGUGUGGUUCAAAAACCGCCGGGCCAAGUGCCGCCAACAGCAACAACAGCAGCAGAACGGUGGCCAGAACAAAGUGAGGCCUGCCAAAAAGAAAAGUUCUCCUGCCCGAGAAGUGAGCUCAGAAAGUGGCACCAGUGGGCAGUUCACGCCUCCGGUCAGCACCUCAGUUCCAGCCAUUUCUAGCAGCAGCGCUCCAGUGUCUAUCUGGAGCCCGGCAUCCAUCUCGCCCCUCUCCGACCCCCUCUCCACCUCUUCUUCAUGCAUGCAGAGGUCCUACCCCAUGACCUACACUCAGGCUUCUGGCUACAGCCAAGGAUAUGCUGGCUCGACCUCCUAUUUUGGAGGGAUGGACUGUGGAUCUUAUCUCACCCCUAUGCACCACCAGCUGCCCGGACCAGGGGCUGCCCUGAGCCCUAUGGGUACCAAUGCCGUGGCCAGCCAUCUCAACCAGUCUCCAGCUUCCCUCUCCACCCAGGGCUAUGGAGCCUCGAGUUUAGGGUUUAACUCCACUACCGAUUGCUUGGAUUAUAAAGACCAAACCGCCUCCUGGAAGCUAAACUUCAAUGCUGACUGCUUGGAUUAUAAAGACCAGACCUCCUCCUGGAAGUUCCAGGUUUUGUGAAGGCCCUGCUGUAGGAGGAACCCUUUGUGAUAAACGAUGAGGAUGAUAAUGUUGAUAAUAUUAAUGAUGAUGAUAAUGAUGAUGUUAAGUGGUCAUGAGGAGGACAAAGAGGAGGAGGAUGCUGAGGAAGACCAGACAGUUGGAGUCAGGUCUUUGGUUUUUAAAUUAAAAAGGAAAAAGGAAAAAGAAAUGCCAAUGGGACACAAAGACAUAAACUCGAAAACAAAAAGACAAUGGCCACCAACUACCUUCUCCCAGUUCCAUCUCUUGCUCUGAAGCUCUGGAAGGGAAGAUGAGAAGAAGUCGGAGGCCUUACAUGGACCAGGGGCCGCUCUGUCCUUCCUAGUUGUAGCCAAUUUGCUGGGUUUCUUGGUCUGGAUGAAAUGGAAGAUGAUGCUCACGAACAAGGCCAUGGCUUCCUUGUUUUGGGUUUGCUCUCCCUGUUUCUCUUUCUUUCUUUCUUUCUUUUUUUGCAAACA